CGGGCAUCAGGCAGACGAUCCGCCGACUUCACUUGUUCGAAUAUUAUGUUGUUACGUAAUUUUUGGGCCUAUGCCCCCCCACCCUUCGACGCACAAAUUAUACAGCCCCCACCAUUUACCAUCGUCGCUACCCCUCCGUCGUGCCGGCGCUCGACUGGAUGCUGCCCGACCGACACUGAAUUCAGAAAGCGGCGGCUUUUUGUAAUGUUUUAGUAUGUUAGUGUAGUUUUUGCCCUCGAUAUAGACGCGUUCGUUUUUUAGUAGCUCUGCGCUCGCUACGACGACCGACCACUUUGCCCGAGCGUAAACGCCGGCUUUAUUUUCGUUUUGUUUUCCUUUACGCGUCGCAGUCAGUUUUAAGUUAGUUCGGGCUUUUUAAGAUUUUUUCGGAAAGCUUUCGACCGCAUCAACAACGCAACUUUGUACCUUAAAAAAACCCACGAGAGUGAUAUUUGAUUGUGAUUCUUCAGUAAACAAAAAAAAAAAACUUUUAGACUAUAUUGUUAAUUUUUAGUGACAAUUAUACAAUUGUUAAAUUAAAUUAUUAUUAAUGCGUCCACCAAAACUAUAAUUCGAAUUAAUUUAAUUAUUGAAAAAAAUUAAUAUAACCCUGGAUUCGAGACUGGAUUACCGUUCAGGAGGCUUGGAUUUUCACCAACCUCCUCCAACCAUGCUGCUGGAAAACAACACAAAUUACCUCCAAAGGUCCAUAGACACAUUACGUAGUCUAGGUGACCGGAACAUUGACCUAAGACUAAAUCUACAUCACAAUGAUUACCAUAGAGGCAGUGAACGAUUAGAUAGGAAUUAUAAUCAUCAACAUCAAGGCUUAAAUAAUAGUCUCGAGCUUAAUUUAAGCUUAAAUACAGCAACAGAUAGGCUAUUACAAGAACGAAUUCAACAAGAACGUAUGCAACAAGAAAGAAAUUUAGAAAGAAUACUCAAUGAACGCUCAAUGCACCACGACCAACGAAUGAACUUAGAUCAUAGUUUGAGCUUGGAACGGCUCAAUUUAGAACGCUCACUAACCCAAAGCCUUGACCGCAACCUUAACCUUACCCACCAUCAAAACAGUAACGAAAGGCCCCUUGGUGACAGGGGCAAUUUGAACGGCUGUAACAACGUUGAACCUAGGCUACUGGAUCGUAACCUGAACAGCCUGGGUUACGGUCCAGCCGACAGGAAUCCCGACCUUAGCGACCUCAAGUACAGAGAGUACAAGGCUCACUUGGAGAACCUGCGAGAAAGUUCAAGGUCGUUGGAGGGGAGCGGCGGGGGGAUAGGAAUUGGGAGAGACGACGGGGGAGAACGGGAGGCGACACCGACCACACCACCCACGCCGUUGAGCGUCGGGGAGAAUUUUCACGAGGAAAAGGUAUUCAGUUCCAAAGCUGAGCUACAGCUGCACACGCAGGCGCACAUGCGCGAAGCCAAACCUUACAAGUGUUCGCAGUGUUGCAAAGCCUUCGCCAAUAGUUCCUAUCUUUCACAACACACCCGAAUUCACUUGGGCAUCAAACCGUACAGAUGCGAAAUUUGCCAGAGGAAGUUCACGCAGCUCAGCCAUCUACAGCAACACAUCAGGACGCAUACCGGUGACAAACCUUACAAAUGUCGACACCCCGGUUGCCAGAAGGCCUUUUCCCAACUCAGCAAUCUUCAGUCGCAUUCCAGGUGUCACCAGACCGACAAACCGUACAAAUGCAACUCCUGCUACAAAUGCUUCAGCGACGAGCCGUCGCUAUUGGAACAUAUACCGAAGCACAAAGAAAGCAAGCACCUGAAGACGCACAUUUGUCAGUAUUGCGGAAAAAGCUAUACCCAGGAGACUUACUUGCAAAAGCACAUGCAGAAACACGCUGAAAGGACGGAUAAGAGGCCGCCAAUAGGACCUGGAUUAGGUUUAAAUCAUCGAGGUUUAGAACAUCAUUACUGGCCGAAAGUAUCACCAGACAGCGCAGAAAACAUGCACGACUACCCCAACGACCUUCCGCGAGGCUUACUAGAACAAAACGACGACCUCGUCAUCAUCAGGCAACAGCUGAGCAACCAGAACGCUUCGGCGCCGCCUGGAACACCUAACGCUCACCUAGGCAACUCCUACGACACCUCCAUAAGCAAAAGUAACACCAACUCAGCUUUCACGCCCAUCAACUCGAUGUCGGGCCAUUUGAACCCGUUGAAUCACCAGCUGGCGCCCAACCGGCCGUACAUCUACGACGCGCUGUCGUUUCCUAAGCAAAAUAGCUUAGACAUUCCUAAGAGUCAGCCUAGCAAUGGAUUUCCUAAUCAGCUAAUUUCGUUGCACCAAAUUAGGAGCUACGCCAACCAACCGAAUUCUAGCUUAAUGGAACAUUCCAUAUUGGGAGGUUUGAAAGAUAAAUAAAUUGUUAGGUUAGACAGAAAAAAAAUUAGGGGUGGUAGUUUUGAGGGAGGAAUUAUAAGAAGUUUAUGAUCUCAUUAUGAAGUAGUUUAAGAAUUAUUAUUUUAAAUCAAGCCAUUUACUCACUAUGAGCACAACAAGUGAUUUUCUUUUAAUUUAAAAAGAUUGAUUACCACUUUUAACGCUCAAACAUCAUAAAUAACUAAUUUCUCACGCUUCAAAAUCAACAAAUAAUUACCCUUAUUGCAGGCAUCGGGUAUUUAAAGUUAAGGUUGCCUAUGAUGAGCGACUACCGUUCAAGUUGUGUGUGCAGCAAUUAAAAUCAAAUUCCCGCAAAAUUCUAGAUUAAUUGGCGGUUUGACAUUGGAUGGUGGUGUUAAUGUUGCUCUUUAUUUUUUUCUUUAUAAUUACGUCAUUUUGUGGCAAAGUAUCAAGGUAAGUGGCUCUGUGUGGGAUCCUUGACAUUGCCUCAUUUACGAUGUUGAUGGAAAUUUGCAAUUGGUUGAAGGCAUAGGAAAGCGAGAGUUAGCUUUAAUGAAAACUGAUGGUAAUUGUUUGAAUACAAAUUUUCGCAGGUUGUUUUUCUAUAUUGGAUAAAUAAAUCAACAACUUUAUUAAUUGGAAUUGAUGAAGUGAGAGAUAUAGUAGUGUAGCUUACUUUUUUCAAUCAUAGAUUUCAACUUCAUUAUAUACAUAGCAAUGUUACAUACAGCAACAGGUUACAUUAUUUUUGGUACAUGAUUUUCUUGAACUUUUCAAAGUUUCAUAUUCUUUCACAUCAUUUCAUAACUUGUAAUACCUAGAAACUAUUCUGGCUCAACCUAUUUGUCCACAAACCAGAGCGUGAGUAUUUGAGUAUUCCGUUGUUCCAUAUUAAACAUUUUAGAUGAUUCUAGAAACUAUACAAAUUUUUAAUAUAUGAAGCGCGUAGUUUGUAAGUUAGUUGAUGUAGAUAGGAGAAUUGCGGUAUAAACUUAAGUAAAAGCGAUGAGUGGCCAAUAAAUUUCAUGAAGUCAACUUGAUUCAAUAAAAGUUGGUACCUACCUACUGUGAGUGUCAGUGUCAGUCAGUGGCAAUUUGAUGUCGGAAGUGGUAUUCGAAUCCACGACUACGUAAGUGAUGGACUAUGAUCUUAUAUCAAAUCGGGUGACAAUUUCCUUCACAAAGUCAUCAAUUUUAUCAUUAAGAACAGAUAUAUUUGUAUCAUUAAGAUAUCCCUUGUCAUGUUCGGUUCCAUCUUCAUCAGAAUCAUCCAUUUGCAAUGUCCCGUUGAUUAUAGAUAUUAUCAACAUUAUAGACAUCACCAUUUUUCAAAAGUUGUAAGUUUAUUAUAUUCGAUUAAAGAUUGAUUUUACCAAUCCAUGUUGAUCCUUUGUUUUAGACUUUCUAACUCUGAAAUUUUGAAAGCAAAGAAGGUACUCUCCACAUUUUUCGGAACAGUACCUUUGAGGAAUCUGUUUGAAUAAACAGGGCGACAUCUAGUCUAGUUCUUUAAGACUUUUUCUUUCCAGAAUUAUAUUCUCCAGAAGUCUCAUCAAAUUCAUUGAAAAAACUAUCUUCUGAGACUUCUUUCAGCUGAUAAUAGGGUGAGUUCAAACUUGAUCAAACUAGUGAUCUGUUUGUUGUUUGAGACUUCUUUUUCUUUCUGGAUUUUGAAUUUCCAGGGAUCUCGUCUUCAUUAACAUUUGAAGUUUCUGAAUCGUUCGAGCUUGAAAUGUCAGCCUGAGCAGCACGUAAUUCCUCAGAAAAAAGUAAAUACUUAAACUUCUUUUUGCUUUUGCCUGAAGCUGUUGGUCUAUUAAAGUUACAUUUGCCCAGAUCAGUGUUUUUCCUCUGAUACUUUUUGUUUCCAGAAAUUAUUUUUUCAGUCUGAUUCAAUUCGUAAUGAAAAGUAUUGAUACUUCUUCUCUUUGGCUUCGAGAUUCCCCUUCGUAUCUCUUAUUGUCUUCCACAUUUUUCAUAAAGCAACAUUUGAUAACCUGCUUCAUUUUGACUGUCCGCUUUCGUUGUGUAUCAAAUAUUCUAGAAACAUCACUUUGUGGACUUUUUUUCCGAUUUCAAAGCCAAUAAUAGAGUCACUAUUUUAUUUCAGUUAAAGUUAACUUAGGUAUUAUUGUUUCCAUUAAUUAGCUCAAAUUAAAUCAAUUAUUGCUUAUUAUCAUAUUAUCCCACUUCUGACGUAAAAUUGUCGCGGGUUCCGUGAGUCCACUGAAAACUCACUCUAAUUACAAUAAUUAAUAAUUAGCGAACUAAUUUCUAAACUUAGGUAUUCAGGAAGUCUCUAGAAUCAUCUAAAAUGUUCGUUUAUUUAAAGUAAAAUACUCCAAAAAUCAAAAUUUGCGUACAAUAGCAUCGCGAAACAGUUAUUUCAGAUCAUAAUGGGAAAGUUUGAGAAACCAUGAUUCAAAUUAAGAGGAAAAUACGAAAUAUAUUUUGACACACUAGUGCACUAAUAGAAAAGUGAUUAAUUAAUUGACACUCUGUCAUAAACCUUUUUAAAAUAGGUAUAAAAACAACUAGAAAAAUGUAGAAUGUUCUUCGACAACUGAAAAAAUGGCAAUAAAAGGUAAAAAUCAUGUUUUGAAGAUAUUGCUGAAAACUUUCUUCGAUUUUGAAAUUAGCCCAAGAAAUUUAUGGGUUUUUCAAAAAAAUUUGCGAGGGCAGGCUGAUUUUUUCAGGGCUGAUUGGAGACUGUGUCCUGAGUAUUGAGUCAAAAAAUCACACUCGAAAGCCUUGUGCGUUCGGCCCUAUUGGCCUUUUUCUUAUUUAUUUUUUUUCGACAAAAUGACCUUUACAAAACUUAUAGACAAUAACAUUCCUGAUCAACUUUGCCUCAUGCCUUUUUUUGCUAGCUAUUUUAGUUUAGGCGUUGGGGCCAUUUUUCUAGUGCUCCAGAAUUCGCAAAAAAAAUAAAUAGCUACCCAGCAAACACGGAAAGUCAGCCGCUGCGCAAAAACUGUGAUACUGUGCUGUACUUGUUGUACAGCGAUGUAGAUGAAGCAGCUGCAUCAGCCCGGAUCAUAUAUGUCCCACCGGCCUGCAUCUGGCGCUGCACUGUUCAUGCUGCAUUUGAGUACAGUCACUGUGCAGUAGCUCUGCCUCUUCAUUAAGGAAUUUUUACACAGCAAUAACGCAGCGUUCUUGAAGACGUCGUACAUAUUUGUUUCGCAAUAACUGUGCAGCCAAUAUACCGUUUAGGUAUCUUUACUUGUGGCACUCUAAAUUUAAUGGACAUAAUUUAUUUUAUAUAGACAGGAUGAUAUUUUUGAAAAAUGACAAAACAAAUUAAAGUAUAUGGAAUAUAUUAAGGAGUGGGACAAUAAACAAUAAUAUUCCUUAUCCUUAACCAUAUUUUGGUGGCUUUUUCAGCUUCUGAUUGAGACGCAUUCUGACUGGCUUUUUUUUCUUACAUCGACUAAAUAAGGACAAAAUUUAGUUAAAAUUUAAAAACCGUUAUACCUUGCAUCAACUUACCUAAAUUGCUUUAUUGAUGUUGAUAAUAUAGGUAUAUUCUGAAAAUUGUGCUUUUUGAAGGCGCCCUGUCCAGUUCAGCUGAGGAGUUGAAUUUUUAGAUAAUAAUCUGGCUAAUAUGUUCCUACAUACUUCUUCAGUGUUUUUUCCCCUAGUAUUCCAAGACUAUUUACCUGAAAGAUUAUUUCUCUUUUGUAAAUCCAUUUUUUAAAUCACAAAAAUAGAAAACGGAAAACGGGGGCAAAUAGAAAAACGAUAAAAAAACUUAGGUUAUGAUAAUACGGGGGCCUUUGUUUUUGUUUAUUUGUAUCAAUUUUUCAUCUACGUUGUUUCCACUUGUUGAAAAUAAUGCAUCUUGUACACGUAGUAAUACAAAUCACAGGUGAAAAACACCACAAAAAUUAUAAAUCAAAAACGCUGCCCUGCAUCACAGUGAAACAAUACAAUACAAUAAAAUAAAACAAAAUGGCUACGCUCACAACUCUACGGCAAAAAAUACUGUGCUCGCGCAAAUAGGCACAUUUCUUUACAGUAACUGCACUAACAUUUUACAACAGUUGUUGCAUCAAUAUGCGCAUGGGAGAUCCAAAUAAUCUAUCGCUUUUCCAAUACAAAAUCCGCAAAGCCGCUGCAUAUCAAAUACUGCACUUCUAAAAUACAGUAUUCCCAAUACAAGUGCUGCGCAGCAUUAAUAAAACUAUUUAUGCGCUGUAUUUGGGCUGUGUUCGUGAUACAGCAACAUUACAGUGCCGAUAAGUUGUGUUUGUUGGGUAACCUGCAGAUUAUUGUAACUUUAAUAAAAUUACUGGUAAUGUAUUCCAUUACGUUUUCGGUUUCAGUCCAAGAAAUGAUACAUUACAUCACUAAUCCGGUGAAAUUAUUUUCCCGGAGUGAAAUCGUGAAAUCGUGAAAAGUGACAAAAUGUUUUUCUUUUUCUACAAUCGGCCUAGAAAGUAGACUUUGUCGAUUAGAUUUGUGCGCGCAAAGUAGACGUUUCCUGAGACCUCCACUUUGCCGCUUUGAGCGUCAAACUACGUCAAAAUCCUUCACUUUGUCGCUCUAGAGCGGCAAAGUAGUAAAAGCGCUUGCUUUUACUACUGGUUUCUUUGAACCUGGACUAUUUUUUAUCAAAUGCGAUUGUAAAAAAAAUCAAGUGUGCAUCUGCCAAUAUCAACAAUAUCUUUCGAUCGGCAAAGUACCACUUUGCGCUCUUAAUACACAAAUAGCUAUUGUGCAACCGUCCGCGAAAUUCAAUUUCGCGAAACGUCACAUUUUAGCUGCAAAAUGUGUCAAAUCCUUAGAAACGCUAUGCAUGCCACAAUGUCCACCAAGUCAAAUAAAAAAUUUCAAAUGCCUAAAAGGCCGUACAAGCGAAAGAAAUAAAGUUACAAUAAAAUAUCAUCAAGCAAAGUAAUAAGGAAUUUUAUUAGGUAUAUUAAUCUGCAGGUUUGUUUUUUAAUUUUUUUGCGAAUUCUGAAGCACUAAAAUGGCCACAGCGCCUAAAGUAAAAUAGCUAGCAAAAAAGUCAUGAAGCAAAGUUGAUCAGAAUGUAAUUAUCUACAAGUUUUGUAGAGGUCAUUUUGUCGAAAAAAAAUAAAUAAGAAAAAGGCCAAUAGGGCCGAACGCACAAGGCUUUCGAAUGUGAUUUUUUGGCUCAAUACUCAGGACACACUCCCCAAUCAGCCCUGGAAAAAUCAGCCUGCCCUCGCAAAAUUUUUUGCGGCCCAGGUAUAAAUUUCUUGGGCUAAAUCCACUUUCCACCAUAUUUUAGCUGCUGUCACAAAAAAUCCAUCAUUUAGGCAACCUAUACUCAGAGAACACAUUUGAGUUGCAAAAUACUCGAUUGAACCAAUUUAUUAUUUAUUCAGUUCCACCCUUCAUUUUAUCAAACCACAAGAUACCAUCACUGAAUACUGAAUAUCAACUUUCAUUUUUUUGAAAAAUAAAAAUCAGUGAUGGAAUGAUUAAUGAUUAUUGAUUACGAUUAUGAAUAUACUAUAAGCCAUUACCUACUACGAUUGUAGUUAAUUGACACACAAAAAAUUUGAAGAUAUACCGAGAAAACAUCAAAUAAACUUUGGUGAAGGAUAAUGUGAUAAAAAAUAAAAAGAAAGAACCUUGUUAUAAAUAAUAAUUUGAUUUUUGAUGAAGUAAUCGUAUGAGGUAACCGUCAAAAAGUACCUAUUAAUCGUAAUCUUAGCAUUACUGUGCCUACUCAAGAUCCCUUAUCCAAUUUUAGUAUUAAGUAAAAAAACAACGAACGCCACUGUUUUGGCCCUAUAUGAAUAUAUUCCCUCUCAAAAACUACCCCCUCACGAUUUAAGGCAAUAUAUGAAAUGUAUUAUGAUUUAAGAAAAGAAAAAGGUUCUUGCCCAAUUAUUAAGCUGUGCAUAGAAAGACAUUAUUUGUGAAUAAAUACGGAUUUAGUUAUCUAAGAAAGGGUUUUUUGUACAUAAUUUAAUUAUUAUUAUUAUUAAUUUGUUUUGAAGGCUGGCACUUCAAAGGUGGGGCAGAAUUUAGAAUGUUUAUUUUUUAUUUUUAAUAUAUUGAAUUUUAGUUUCUAAGGUUUAUUUUUUUCUUGUGGUACCAGCCUUUAAAACCCAUCCCCUCAGAAUAGCUCAAAUAUUUAUUACUUGUACAGGUUUUUUCUUAUCACUUAUGUAUGAAUCUCUACGUUUUUUUUUUCGGGUAUAAAUAAGUUCAGUUUAAGUUGUUUCUUUGGUGCAAAUAUUAAAUAUAGUUUAUAGUUUAAGGACGCUAUUUGCACUGAUUUGAAUCAGUGCAAGUAGUGGAUAACCACUCAUAAAACACAUUUCCAUUGUUGCUGUUGUCUGUGUUUGGAAACCAAGAUUUUUUGGUUACCAAAAAUCAUCAUCAUUUAAUUAAAUAAUUGGGACUUGGGAAAACUAUUAAUUUCUACUGUUCCUAGGUUUAUCAACUUAAUACAUGCAAAUCACGGAAUAAAACAUUUUGAUAGACCUUACGGAAAACCUAAAAACACAAACUUCACUCAACAUUUCGCUUGUAGGUUCGACAUUUCUUAGUUUGCCCAUGAAAUUUUUUUGACCAAUUUUUUAAGGAUAAUAUUUUCUAUAACUUGCCGAAAUCUUUUCAUGUAUGAUUUGACACUGUAAGACAUUAUACUACUCAAUUUGAAGUAUUUUGACGCACUGGGAAUGUAAGACUUUCAAGCUACCUUUCAGCUCUUGAAGUGGUAUUGUUUUGAAUACAUUAUCCCAGCUUAUUUUGGGACAGCAAUUCAUUCAAUCACUCAAGUCAAUCACCAACGUUUCGACGCUGAAUCUGUGUUAUCUUCGGGGCUAAACUAGUAAGUGAAUGAUUAUUCAGAUCUCUUGAGAUUACACACAUUUAUAGUGUCGAAACGUUGUCAAUAGAUCGCGCACUAUAGAGGAACUUGAACAAAUACAAAAAAUGUUAAUUUGAAACCACAAAAAAAUCUGCUUUUUGUUGAAGCGUUACUGAUUUUCCAAACACUCAGUAGCAAGUCCCUGAUAAUUUUGCUCAUCUCAAUUUGUUACAUUAGUUCCCAAACUUAUAUUGUCUGUAUAGGUUUUUACAGGAUGUAUACGGAAAAAAAAAAUGGUUAAAAUUACGUUUUGGUUACUUGCCAAAGGUUUUAAUGUUGAUUUGUGCAACAAAAAAAAAGUUUUUUGGGUUUAGCCUUUAAGUAUGACAGACAAGCUUUAAAAAAAAUUGUUAGUUAAGUUUAUAUUAUAUUAAUAUUAUUUUUUUUUGUACAAUAAAAAUUACUUCCUUUGUAUGAUCAGCUUGUGAUGUAAUUUAAAUACAAUAUUUAAGUUGAAACUAUAUUAUUACAAAAAAAAAAACAUAAAUAAAUAUCGGUUUUCAUUAUUUUCUUUGUUAAUUUUUAUUAAAUAAAAAUUACUUAAGUAUUCAUUUCCCCUUGAUAGAUUAUUUUGUUUUAUUUAUUUCUUUUUUUCCAACUAAUUAACUUAAUUUCAUUUCACACCAUAUUUGUAUCUGUGAUAUUUUUUCGUACUGAAAUAUGGUAAAUAGUCAAUUUGUAUAUAAUGGAACGUAGUUAAGAAUAUUUCGAUUUGAAAGAAGAAGGACCCAUUUUUAAAUUUUAAAGAAACUGAACAUAAAAUAUAUUGUUAUUAUUCUAUGUCUAUAAUUAAUUAAUUAAACAACUACUACUAAUAACUAUUAGGGUAAAGAAAAACAAGAAAAAUAUUACUUAAUAAGUGUCGUCGUACUGUAUCAUCACCUUAUAAUAAUAAAAUAUUUUUCUGACAUCAUCUUUUUUGGACACUACAACGAAUUUUUUCCAAUAUACAUUACAUUUCUAUCUAGUUUUUCCCAUAAUUAUUAUCUAUAUUUUUUUUACACUUAGAAACGUCCCUUAUAUUGUUAGAAAAAAAAACAAGAUUUUUCUGAGCACACAUCUAGAAAUAAUAAUAUUUCGAGUUAUUGGUGUAUUUGAAAUUUAAUGUUAUAGUAUGUUUACUGAAUGUAAGAAAUAAAUUAAACUUAUAAAUAAGGAGUAUGUUUUAAUUUUUCAAAUAAUAUCCCUAAAAAUAUCAGAAUGAUGUUUGCCUAGUGAUCAGAAACUUAUUAGACUCGGAGUCAAUAUAAAAAAAGACUCCGAAUAAAAAGCUUACAGUUUCAAAUCAUCCAUUCAUUAUUAGAGUGGUAACAUUAAUCUGAAAUCUUGAUGAAUUUUGAAAUUUUCUAAAUUUUCAAAAUCG